GCUCAUCUCCACCGUACAUCAAACAAUCCCAUAAAUCGAUGGCUCAACUCAAACUCAUACCAUACACCCCACCACACAAUAUCCCUCCACUUGACUCGUUUUCUUGACUUCCUUUCCCAAACAAAUUCAUUCAAGCAAAUUCAUAUGACUCCAAACCACACUUGAUUUUAGAAUUUGUUUCUAAAGAGCACUUCAAUACUCAAAAAAUUCCCUCAACCCAAAAUUCCAAUCAUGACAUCCUCUAAAAUGGAUGAAGAGUUAAGAAAGGCAGCAGUGAGAGGAGAUGUAGACUUCCUUAAAAAAUGUGUUGAAUCCAAUAAACCCAUCGAAUACUACUUGACUUUCUAUCCUGAGGAGGAUGACCAAUCUGGAAGAGCCCAUCAUGGCAACAUCUUCCACAUGGCCGCAAGGGAAAACAAAGAAGAGUUUAUUAAAGAAGCCAUGGGGAUUUUACCUCAAGAAGCCAAGCACCAACUCCUUGUUCAACCAGGGUACGCAGAAUGCAACCCUCUUCAUGAAGCAGCCUGUGUUGGUAAUGUAGUGAUAGUAAAGAUGUUUCUAGAUGUUUAUCAACAAGGAUUCCGAUCUCAUCUUUUGGAACAUCAACGACCCUGGUUAUUCAAGGAUUCCGAUGGAAAUAACCCUUGCUUUGUGGCUGUUAUUAGUCAUCAAGAAGAAUGUGCGUUUGAAAUUUAUAAAAUGGAUACGGAGUUGAUUUCCAAUAUGCAUAGUUAUCGUGGUAGCUCCUUAGUCUACGAAGCUGUACACAAGAAGAUGAGCAACUUAGCUUUAGUCAUUUUGAAGUCCCCCCAUCCUAUUAGUUGCAACGGCUACGAUGGCUACACUCCAUUCCACUCAAUACAUUAUUUAAUCGAAGGCUCAGAAGAAUCAGAAGAAAUCUUUCGAGGACUACUUCAGAGAGAGCCAGAGCUAAUUAAACAAAAAAAUAUGAAUGGAGAUUCGGCAUUUACUUUGUGGGCAUAUUAUGGUAAAAUUUGGCCAUUCAAAAUUCUUUUAGAUUGUAAGGAUAUCAUCCAAGAUGUAAAUAAGAUUUUCACAUACUUGGUAUCUUUAACGAAUGAUUAUGGUUGCAAUCCAUUACACGACUUGGCUGAAAAUGUCACGUUUACAAGCAAUUCUACAAAAAUUGCAGAAAUGCUGAUAGAUAUUUACAAAAAAGAAUCACCAAGCCUUUCAAAUAAUCAACAUCCUUGGUUAGUGAAGGACAUUGAUGGAAAUACACCUUUGUCAUUGGCCAUAGCCCAUAAGAAUGAAAAUCCCGCUAUAUAUUUGUUGUCAGUGGAUGAAAAUGUAGUUACCGAAAGUAAGAAGAAUGUUCUAUUCUUGGCUGUCGAGGUUCAAUGUCAUACACUUGCCGAAGAGAUAUUGAAGAUAAUCGAUAACAAAGGUUGGAAUCAACUUCUUACGAAUCAUCAAAAGCUCAAUAUCUUGCACCUUGCUCCACUAUGCACAGAAAACUUUUGUGCACAACUAAUGGAAAGCCAUCCAGAAUUAAUCAAAGGAGUAGAUAAAGAAGGAUCUACAAUAGUUCAUAGUUGGGUAAAAAGUGACAAAGAAUGGCUAUUUAAAUUCAUAUUGGAGAGCGAGUGGAAAGAUCAGUUUGUAAAACUUGUUGAUGUUAAGGAUUACAAUUAUCAAGACAAUCCUUUUCAUGUUGCCGCAACUACCACUCAUAAAGCAACAAACCAGAUUGUACCACUCCUUGUUGAAGCUUACAAAGUACACAAAUUUAGUUGGAGCGUAAAUGCUAUCUAUCAAUUGCCAUGGUUUGAAAAGAAUAAAGAAAACGAAGGGCCUCUACACUUGGCAUUACACAACAAGCGUGAAGAUCUUGCACUUUACAUAUUGUCACUACUACGGGAUGAUCAAAUUAUGGAUGAACUGCUAGAUUAUUACGAGCCAGAGCACUCUACGUUGUUUCUUGCUAUACAAAACAAGUGCUCUGAAGUAGCCAAAGUCAUAUUGGGAAAGUUGGAUAAGCGAAGCAGGACCAAAUAUCUAAAAGAUUCCUCGACUGGUCGGAAUAUAUUGCAUCUUGCUACAAGCUUAACAGAUGAAGAAUUUGGGACAUGGCUAGUUAAUGAAGCACCAGAGUUCAUCACCGAACAGGAUAACAAUAAACAAUCACCUUGGGAUACAGCAUAUGAAACUGGUUGUGCAUGGUUUAUAAAAGUUGUACUGAAAAAGGACCCGUUUGUAUUCAAUAGAGCACCCUUGGCUUGGAUUAAAGCAUGUGAGCACGGUCAUGUCUCGGCUCUUCGUACCUUCAUUGACCAUAAUCCAGCUGGUUUUCGAGAUCUUUGUAUUAAGCAUAAGAAUACUCCUUUGCAUCGUAUGAAACUGUCAAGUUUAACAGAAUACGAAGAGCUUCUUACGAUUCCACGCAUGAAAGAUCUGAUCAAUGUUCAAAAUUCUCAAGGGAAGACACCUUUACACUUAGCAGUACAAAAUCGAAUAUUACCUUUGACAGAAACAUUACUCGGCAUGGAAAAAAUAGCUUAUAACAUCAAGGAUGAGGACCAAAACACUCCCAUUGAUUUGUUGGAGCAAGCUUGCAUAGACGAUAGUGAAUGGGAAGAAAUGUGCCAAAGAAUCGGCUUUAAUCCAUGGAUAAAAACAUCAUACUUCCAGCGUAGGACCAAUUUGUUAGAAGUGCGAAAUUCACUAUUUGUGGUGGCGGCUCUAUUAGCCACUAUUACAUUUACUGCUGGUUUUACUCUUCCUGGCGGAUUAAAUCAAGAAAGCGGGGAAGCACUUUUAGCAAAGAAGGUUGCAUUUUUGGUAUUUUUGAUGUCUAAUACAUUGGCUAUGUGUACUUCCAUGUUGGUUUUGAUUUGCCUUGUAUGGUCUAUGGUCCAAGAUUCGAGUAAUUCGUUGGUAUUGAUUGAUCGUAGCUUGGUGUUACUCAUGGUAGCGUUUUACUCCACUAUAUUAGCAUUUAUGACUGGGGUCUAUGUGGUUAUAUACCCAAAGCUUCUUUGGGCAGCCAUCAUAGUCAUCAUAAUGUGCUCUCUUAUUGGAGUUUCGGCGAACAGAACCUUCUUGUACAAAGUGCUAUUGAUCUCUUCAGCAAAGAAGAAGCAAAAUCAGAGAGACCCAAUGUAUCUGCUUGAAUUGGGUAAAGCUUUUCGGUGUUGCAAAAGGCAGUAGCAGCCAUAAAGUUGAGUGAAUUGAAGCAACAAAUAAAUUCAAAAUUCUUGUAGUUAUUGGCUUAAAAUAUUCUUGUGGUGUUUAGCACUUAUCAUAAGUACUUAU